GCGGCGGCGCAGGCUCGCGCGGGGCCUAGGCGGCGCCGCGGUGUUGGCGAGCGGGGGCGGCUCAGGCCCGGCCCCCCCUCGCGGGGGGCGGAUGGCGGCGGCGGCGGCCCCGGCGCUGUACGCCUGCACCAAGUGCAACCAGCGCUACCCCUUCGAGGAGCUGUCCCAGGGCCAGCAGCUCUGCAAGGAAUGUCGCAUCGCGCACCCCAUGGUCAAAUGCACCUACUGCCGCUCAGAGUUUCAGCAGGAGAGCAAAACUAACACAAUAUGCAAGAAAUGUGCCCAAAACGUGAAGCAGUUUGGAACGCCGAAGCCUUGUCAGUACUGUAAUAUUAUUGCAGCAUUUAUUGGCACAAAAUGUCAGCGUUGCACAAACUCAGAAAAGAAAUAUGGACCACCUCAGACAUGCGAACAGUGCAAGCAGCAAUGUGCUUUUGAUCGAAAAGAGGAGGGAAGAAGGAAGGUUGAUGGAAAGUUGUUAUGUUGGCUCUGCACACUGUCCUACAAGAGAGUUCUACAGAAGACAAAGGAACAGAGAAAAAGUCUAGGGUCUUCACAUUCUAAUUCAUCAUCCUCAUCUCUGACUGAGAAAGAUCAGCAUCAUUCAAAACACCAUCACCAUCACCACCAUCAUCACCGUCACAGCAGCAGCCAUCACAAAAUAGGCAGCCUGAGUCCAGAGCAAGAUCAGGGACUAUGGAAACAGAGCCAUAAAUCCUCUGCAGCUAUUCAGAAUGAAACUCCAAAGAAAAAACCCAAACUGGAAUCCAAGCCAUCCAAUGGAGAUAGUAGCUCUAUAAAUCAGUCAGCAGACAGUGGGGGAACUGACAACUUUGUCCUCAUAAGUCAGCUAAAAGAAGAAGUAAUGUCACUGAAACGUCUUCUGCAGCAAAGAGAUCAAACCAUCUUAGAGAAAGAUAAAAAGUUGACGGAGCUGAAGGCAGACUUUCAAUACCAGGAAUCUAAUUUGAGAACAAAGAUGAACAGUAUGGAAAAAGCACACAAGGAAACUGUGGAACAACUACAGGCCAAAAACAGAGAACUACUCAAACAGGUUGCAGCAUUGUCAAAGGGUAAAAAGUUUGAUAAAAGUGGGAGUAUACUAACAUCUCCUUGAGGAACUGGCUAUUCAUGUGGGGGUUACUGCUCAAUGUAAAUUUGGGUAAUUCUGUGAAGCCCUUAAAAUCCUGUGUAGUGGAAAAAUAUUUUUGCACACCAGAUUAGUUGGCAUGUUUCCUACACACUUUUAUAAUAUGCAGCUUUUUUAGUUAUUGUUCGGAUUAGAUCCUUCAACUGGCUUGAAGAUUUUUUUUUUUUUAAUUUUUUUGAUAUUGGGAACUUUUUUGCCAGCAAUAGUAUUAAACAAUUGCAGAGAGGUAAUAUAGCAGUGCUCUUUUUAAAACACAACAUGCAAUAACAAAAUAGGUGUACUUUCUAAAGAGUUCAAAGCAGCAGUGGAGUCCUUUAAAAUAUGCUAACUUCAGCCAAAAGUCCAUUUUCCAGUUUAUAAAUCUACAAUGAUCCCUCUUUUGAAAUACAGAUAUGAACAUUGGGUUCUGGCAACUGUUCUUUUACUUUGUAUCAGAAUGUAGUAAGAGUAAGAUGGAAAUCAUGGUGCUCUUAAGUGAGGCUCAAAAGACAUAAUGUAUAUGUAAAUACAAUUGUAACAGUUAUAUUCUUAGUCAUAACAGGUAACUAGCAUUUUACAUUCUUGUGAUAGGGAUUUGCUGAAAAAUGAUCUAUUGUACAGUAUCAGAGGCAGUGUGUUUUUUGUAAGAUUUACUGUAGACUUUUCUUGCAAGUGCCUUUCUCCAACUGUUUAUUUAUAGGAAUGUUGGUAUUUUGUACAUAAGGUUUUUGUUUUAAAAUCAUGUUUAAUAGAUGUUUAUGUAUAUAUAAAUGUGUGUACAGAGGAAUCGGAAACAAAGAUCAAAGUUGCUAGUACAGUGCUUGAAGCAGCAGUAAGAACUAGCUAAUUGAUGGGCAGUGAGUAUUGGCUUUAGGUAACAUUAGCUUGUGUCAUUGGGGGGUGUUGGAUCUUGCUAGUGCUACUCAUGCCAAACACUUCCUAAAUAGAGAAAAGUGUUUUUUGCUUCACUAAAUUUUAGUGGUUUUGUUUAUUUUUCCAUCUGGAAAAAUGUUUUCAGUCCUAGUUUUUCAGUUUCACAGCAGACAUGCUCCCAAUGUUACUUUCUGAAUUAGUGAUAUAGCAAAGCUCAAUAUCUUAUUUUUAAAACUGUAACGUUCAGAAUGUUUUAAGUGUGCUAGCUGUAACUUAUGGGUGGUCUUUUCAAUUUAAUUGCUAGAUUCACAUAUUUUGCAUAGUAAAGAUACACACCAAGAAAACAGUAGCCAAAACUGUAACUAUUAACUGUAAAGUUAAUAAAGGGAAUGGAUAUUAUCUCAAAACUGAUAAAUAUUUUUCAGUUUAUAAAUUACAUCAGUUCAGAUUUAGUUUUGUUACUAAUUGACUUUUAACACAAGGAUUUGAAUUAGACUAAAUAUAAAAUAGCAUAGAUGGAGGUCUCUGGAGAAAGCAAGCUAAGAACCAGCAUAAAUUGGAAAAGACUUCUGUCAGAUGAUAUCUCUAAUUCAGCUGUUGAUUUUUUUUUUAUUUUUUUUUUUUGGUAAAGUAUAACUUCUUGCACUUCAGUUAACUUAAUUGUGUGUGAUGCCAAGCUGUUUGGAGAACUAGACUGAAGUUCUCUGGCUCUCCACCCGCUUGCUACUAAGCUGUGGACAAAUUCACAGAGGUUUAGACAUAUUUUAGCAGAAACACAGACUUAUAAAUAAUUGGAAAAUUAAGGUAGCUUGUUUCCUACGGUGUAGGGUUUUUUGUACGCUGAAGUCAACUUUGUACAUUUAUAAAUACUGUUCUUUAAACUUGCUAAUACAGCUAGGAUAGAAGGUGCUGCUCCUAUCCUAUUGGGUUGUUUGUGUGAGAGAUUUGUUUUUUUAAUAUAGGCAUUUUUCUGUAUUUCUUUAAUUCAGAAUACUAUUUUGAUACCAUUUUUUCUGGUUUAAUGGCCACCCACAUCUAGUGGGUUUGCUUUUAAAACAAAUUCAAAACUGCACAUCAAAUUGAUGAACUGUCUUAAGACUUAUUCAAACCUGUGUAAGCUGCAAUAGGAAGUUUUUAAAAAAACAAAUUGAAGUUCAAUAUUAUGAGUACUUGUGGUUUAUAAAUCCCAGUACUAAAAACUUUUAGGGGCUUCACAGUAUUUAGUUCUAAUUAAAUACCUGAUCUUUUUAUUCCAUAACCUCAUUUUUAACUUGAAUUUUUAAAGAUUGUAAACUAGUAAAUUGAAUCCCAGUUCUGACAAAUGGUGUCCUGGAGCUGUAGAAUAUCUGACAUAAGGAACUGAUGUUCUUUUUAAUGUGGAUCUGCAAGGAGAUAUGUUGUACUGUAUUGUGCUUUUUAGCCUGUUUUCAGAUGUUGAUUAGCAUUGACCAGUGAUGGCCAUUUUGGCUCAAGUUAUUUAUGUAUUUUAAGCCUGUGAAUAUUGCAGUCCCCUUUUAGAUAGUAUGUCUAAAUAUGCAUUCUGCAGUGAAGAUAUUCAGCUGUCCACAUGUAUAGACUAUUGAAAUACUGUACUGGCACACAUCUGACUGUUGACAUUUUGUACCUUUUCUAAAUCCAGUAUUUCACAAUAAAAGCUUGUCAAAAUA